AUGGCGAGUUUGACGCUCGAUUCACCAAUGGUUGUCGCCAUUCUGGUGAUCGCUCUACUGUCAUACAAAAACUUACCCGGGAUUUGGCAUUUUCGAUUUUUCCGAGCCGUAUUGACCCGACUCUACAUCUCUCCCACAACUAUCGAUGAACUUAGUCCAGAAUGCUUAUUCCUCUCGGCAAUUCACCGCACAAGAGCCCCACUAAGCGAAUGCGACUACAACAUCCACAAGUCCAACUCAACCUAUUUCAUGGACAUUGAUAUCUCGCGGGGCAAUCUCUGUCUUGUCCUCUUCAGCCAGCGAUUAUCAUUUCGCCCCAAACACAACACUGCUUCCAUGGCUCUGGGCGGUGUACAAUGUAUUUUCAAGAGAGAGAUCAAGCCAUAUCAGCCUUACGAGGUAUGGUCUCGCAUUCUGAGCUGGGAUGAAAAGUGGAUAUAUAUUGUCACUCAUUUCGUUGUCCGAGGUGCUCAUCGGCCGGCCAGGUUUCGUGUGCAAGGCCAAUUGAACAGUGAAGCCACAGCGCGAGGAAAGAAGAGAAACCAGAGUGAUAAAGAAAAGGGCAAGACGGUCUUUGCGUCAGCAGUGUCUCGAUUCGUUUUCAAGCAAGGGAGGAAGACAAUUGCGCCCGAGAGAAUGCUCGUGGAAUGCGGCCUUCUACCUCCUGCGACGGCAGAGCUUGAUUGCGAGAUCUCUGCUAAUGACACCAAUGAUUGCUCUCAGUCGGAACGACGAUUAAUCGAAGAUAGACGCAAACGGGAUUUGGACAUUGCGCAAUUGAAAUUGGGGUGGGAUGCUGUCUACGACACCUUUGAAGGUGAUGUUUCUACGGCGCUGGGAAGGUAUACGGACCUGUUCUGGAGGUAA